CUGCUCCUAUUCUGUGACCGUAUACCUACCUGCAUGCGGUCUUAGGGAAACACUUAGGUAAAGAUAUUCAACUGUCUAGAACUGUAGAAGGCAUUUGUAAACACGACGAGACGCAACAACAAGCAGUCACGGCUUAUACUAGAAGAAAGUCACACACGUUCGUAUAAUGCGUUGGUUUUGCGUCACCUUUACCUCACAAACCAUCUCAAUUGUACUUCUCAUAUUAUGGUGGAACGUAACGCUAUGUCUCACAGGCGGCCGUGACGAAUUUUACAACAAAAGAAACAUCAUUCACUGUAAAGUAUCUGAAUGGUCUGAAUGGGGAUUGUGCAGUAAAACAUGUGGACAUGGAAGGAGAGUACGCUUUCGUAAGAUAAUACAGGCCGCAGCCAGGGGAGGCCGUAAAUGUCCUAAUUUAAAAGAUCGGCAAAGUUGUAACGCGUUUCAAUGUCAAGAUGGAAAACAAAAGGAUAACCGAAGAAUGACCGAAAAUAUACACAGUUCGUGUUGCGUAUGUGGUGUUGCAAUUUACCGAGCGACUUUCGUCAACAAAUGGAACAAGACAAGCCAUCCAAAUGACUACCCGGAGAGGCUAGCGUCCUUCUCGAACGUGAUUGGUGGAACGCAUGCGGACGGGCAUUCAUUAUGGGAGCUGGGCUCCAAAGCUUCCCAAGCAGUAAAGAGAUUUACAGAAUGGGGCGACACUAGAAGCUUGAUGAACAAAUCCAGCCGCAGAAAUUAUCUCGGAAUUAUAAGAAUUGGUCCAAUUGCGAAGAUAAACAAACCAAUCUCGGAUCGAUUUCGAGCUGAUAAACAUAAUCAUUAUCUAUCAAUGAUAUCAAAGAUAAAGCCAAGUCCUGACUGGUUUGUGGGAAUCGACCGCUUUGAUUUGUGCAACGCCAGUACUUGCAAAUGGAAGACCAACAUAACCAUACAAUUGACUCCUUAUGAUGCAGGUACAGACAGUGGUCUGAAGUUCAAGUCUAAAAAUAUUCUCAGCAAGCCUGCACAAGAUAUCUACAAAAUAACACCAAACGUCCCUAAUCAUCCUUCUUCGUCCUUUUUUGACGAACAACGUGUACAUAUACCUCCAAUGGCCGAGUUCAAGAUAGAUCUAAUUCACACUAAGAAGAAAAGAUGCUCCCGUAACACUGACCCAGAUGUACCCUGUUUGGUAUCGCGAUGGUCGUCAUGGACACCGUGCUCGAUGAUGUGUGGGCGUGGCAAAAAGACGCGUACUCGACGUAUUAUACAAAACCCCCAAAAUAGAGGAAGAGCAUGUCCCAAAUUAACCCGUUCUAAAUCUUGCAGAGGACGAAACUGCACAAAUAUUGAUUGUAAAGUAAGCAAAUGGUCCACAUGGAGUAAAUGUACUAAGAUCUGUGGUAAAGAGAAACGUACCAGAUCCAGAAAGGUUUUAGUUCCACCAAAAAAUGACGGGAAAAAAUGCCCUCCUUUGAAAACCAGAGCUAAAUGUAGAAUACCAAAACGAUGUCCUGUCGUUCACUGUAAAGUAUCAGAAUGGUCUGGUUGGGGAUUGUGCAGUAAAACAUGUGGACAUGGAAUAAGAAUACGCACUCGUGAGAUGAUAAAGGCCCCAUCCAGGAGAGGCCGUCGAUGUCCUAAUUUAGAAGAACGCCAAAUUUGUAACGCGUUUGUUUGUCGAGGAUUGUCAAAAUUGUCAUCGAUAUCUGGGAAAUAGAAUGCACACGUAGCAACAGGGUUCUUAAAGAUAAUUGCUCUCUGUGAAAGCGGAAAGUAGAAAUAGGCACGUUCGAAAAAAAGACGAAUUGUAAAGUAUUUGCAAAGUUGAGUUGUAUUUGAUGAACAUUUUCAAAAGAGAAAUAUUUAUUGUAAAGACAAAGCCUAAACAUUAACAACAAAACCUGCUAAGAACACGAAGAGAAUCGAGCUGAUUACGCACUUUAUAAACUGCAUAGUUAAAAUCACUCAUUUAGAUUUACUGAAUAAUUUCUCAUAAUUUUUCAUUAAUUCAAUUAACGAAGUUGCUAACGAUGCAUUUAUAUAUAAUAGAAAUUAUUUUAGACAAA